AAGAUGCCACCUCAAAUGCUCAUCCUCUUUUUUGAAAAGUGUGGAAACAUGAUGUGGGAUGGAUAGACCCCCAAGUGAGACUUAUAAUAUGGCCUCCAGUGAAGCUGACCCCUCUGAUCCUCCCGGGAACCCCCAGCCGGGUGACCUCAUCGAGAUCUUUCGGCCGGCCUAUCAACACUGGGCGCUUUACCUGGGGGAUGGUUACAUCAUCAACCUGACACCUGUCGAUGAGGGCCAGGCGGCGGCCAUGUCCAGUGUGAAGUCGGUGUUCAGCCGGAAGGCCGUCGUGCGCAUGCAGCUGCUAAAGGAGGUAGUGGGCGGCGACUCGUACCGCGUCAACAACAAGUACGAUGACAACCACACCCCUCUGCCCGUCUUUGACAUCAUACAGCGAGCGCAGCACCUCAUUGGCCAAGAGGUGUCAUAUGACCUCCUCGGGAGCAACUGUGAACACUUUGUGACGCUGCUGCGAUACGGGGAAGGAGUUUCUGAGCAGGCAACGCGAGCCAUCGGCGCCAUCAGUCUGGUGACGGCGGCGGCAAGCGCCUUCUCAGUGCUGGGCCUAAUUAACACACGCUCCAGGAACCGCCCAUUCUGACCUCCGACCUCCGACCUCUGACCUCCCCUCAUCCUCACCAAGAGCCAUCACAUAUGACCUCUGACCUAAGCGACCAGGAAGUAACCUGUUUGAAGUCUCACCUCCGAGUCCCACCCGCUAGCUCCACCAACCACAGAUAUAAGAAAGUUAGAUACCGCAUUGGUCUCCAGAAUGUCCGAAAAUAGGACCACCAUCUUGGUGGGGGCAACAAUCACUGCAGGCCAAUGGAGAAAAAGGUGUCGCUGACUGGAAAUCAGACAGGUGUCUCUGAUUGCCGGCAAGUGUUGCCCAUUGACAGUAAGGUGUUUGCCCCCAGCAAUAUGGAGGCCACGUUUACCUAUGCCACCUAAUAGAACUCGACGGACAAUUCGGUAUAUAGCUUUAUAAUAUCUAUGCCACCAACCCUAAGAAUGUUCAUGCCUUCUGACCUCUGACUCCGCCCAGUCCAAGAUGCACCUCCUCUAAGCUGCAGACCCUGUAAGCCUGGUAACCUGGAUAUGACAGAUUCCAACCUGCACCCUGCCUCUGGUCAAUGUGCUGUAUUCAGUGGCUAUUUAGUUACACAGUGGGCGUUUCUCAAAGUCAAGGAUUCGUGCUUGGUAGAACGAGCCCUGCCGUUCAAAGACGAGGCAAGGCUGCUUCUUAGAAUUCGGAAAACACACAAUGGAACAGACUAGCGAGUGUGCAGGAAGCUGCAGGUGCAUUAUUAAAAAUCAUGUGCGCAUAUGAUUGUGGGUGUUCCAAGCACGCAGAGGAUACACUCAUGCAUCCUCGAAAAUCUCAGAACGAAGGACUUGAUAGAAUUUUAAUGCACCCUUGACAUUGGAAGAGUGCUUGGUGAGAUUCAAUGAGGUAAUGCCCUUGAAAAAGCAUCAAGGACCCAUCCUUGACUUUGAGAAACUGUCAAUGAAUGCCAUAGAAUAGGACUCAGUGUAUGGACUUACCCAAGUCUGCAGAGGUUCAGAUCCAUGCUUAGUCUUUGCUGAGAAGCCAAGUCUCCUAAGGCCAUAUUCUCUAUUAGCUAAUAAAAUCCAGCCAUCAUUUACUGCAAAUAACUAUUCAUUAAAAAUAAAAAAAAUAUUACUGUUUAUCACCAAACUCAUGACUGCAGCUGUUGAGAUUUUGCAACACUAGAUGCAGCUGAUAAACAGUGGAAUGUUUGUUGUGCUCAAAGGGGAACAAUAAAAAAAAAAAGAAAAACAUUGUUUUUUAUUAAAAAAAAUAAUCAUUUAUAGAACUGAAAAACAAAAUGCUUUAAGAUUUCCAAAACAUAGAGUUUUCCCAAAAGUAAUAGAUAUGAUGUUUUCAUCACAGCCCAUAUGAAAAGGCCUAGUGGUUGUGCAGUGUUUCAAUAAAGAAUAAACUAAUGAAUGAA